GGGUAUGGGCAUUCAGAAAAGAGCGUCUGCUUGUUUAUGUUAGCACAAACAAUGGGUUGGAAAGACAAAAUGGGGCUUUCAAACACCAGUAUUUACUGACUUUACGAAAGUAUUCUCUCAGCGCAAUGUUAACAAUUCUUGUAAAUGAAUUUCUUCCUGACAAAUACGAAAGCUACAUCAACGAAAAUACAAAAUGCUCCACAGCAUAUAAGCGUUAUAACAAACAGAUUCCAGAAUUUCUGCAUAAUCGUCCUAACUACCUUAUCGACCAUUGCAUGAAACGUCUUGUUUAUGCUGAAGAUGUACGUUCAAUCUCUUUGGUGGAUGACUCUAUGGGUGCAUUUUUAGUAACCAGUGAAAUGGGAAAGCACAACUAUCAUGUAUAUUUUAGGGCACCUCAUGACACAGAAAUACCUUGCUGCGAGUGUCUUGACUGGCAACGAAACUAUUUACCAUGCAAGCACUUAUUAGCGAUUAUUCAAAAUAAAAAAUUUACAAGUUGGGGAUGGAAAAACCUACCAACAGCAUAUAAAGAUUCUCCAUUUCUGACCUUAGAUGUCGAUAUAUUGUUCAAACCAAUUGAUUAUAUUUUGAAAAGAGUUGACGAUGCUCAGCAAGUUUGUGGUGCAGAAAGUUUUCAUGACCAAGAAAAAGAAACAGAAGAAGCUGACAUAAAACAAACUAUGACAGCUGUUCUACCUAAACCAGUGUUCCCAAAACGGACAGCUAUUACUAGGUGUUGUGAUCUGUUAUCUAGAAUAAAGAGUUUGGUCCACGAGUGUACUAAUUCAACUUCACUAGCCAGCCUGGAAAAGAGUCUUCAGUCUGCACUUCAGGAAUUUGAGAAUAACAGCAAUACUGAUUCAGGACUAGCACUUACAGCUCCUGACGCCGGGAAAACGUCAAUGAAACGUAAAAAAAGAACAUCAAAUAUCAGCAAGUCAACAACCAGCAAUCCUAAAAGAAAGCCAGAUUAUCUAAUCUACCAUCUGCAAAAUUAA